AUGUUCAGAGAGCCGCGAAAAUUCGUCGAGACAAUUCUGCAAUACGAUCGAAGGCGAUCGAUAUUGUCAAUUCAUUUGGUUACAAUUCGUUCUGAGAACACACUCCAAAUAAGGAGCCCGAACGAAUUCAUGCAUAUGGAGAUCGAGGUUCGACGAAAAAACGCGAAAACUUCAAUGCGGCACAAGGGUCAAAAGCAGGCGGCGCGACGCGACGAUUGCGAAAAACUCAACGAGCUCUUCCGGUUCCCACGGUUUCCCGAAUCAGCGCUCGUCGACGCCACAUGCCGAAUCUCGUGCAUUCUCUCAUGUCCGAAUAACAAUUUGCCCAACUCGAUAUUCGAAGGGAGCAUUCCAUUGAAGGAGUUAUUAGCGGUUCGAAAUGUCAAAUUGUUCAAGUUUAUCGAAUUGUCAAAUAUCGAAUUAUAUUCGAUUAAAGAAGAGGAAGAUGAGUGCGAACAGUACGAUUGGAUUAUCAAUGUUUGA